GGAGUGAUGUAUCCAGAGGUCCAGAGAAGGCUUGGAAAAUAGUUAAGGUAUAUGCCCGUAUGUCAGAAGUCUUAGGAAUAACCGAUGACAACCACGUUUUAGAAACAUUUAUGACGAAAAUUGUUACAAAUCUUAAAUACUGGGGAAGAUGUGAGCCUGUAAUUUCCAGGACUCUUCAGUUCCUAAAUGACCUUUCUGUUGGCUAUAUUCUUUUAAAAAAACUUGUAAAGAUGGAUGCUGUGAAAUUCAUGCUAAAAAACCACACGAGUGAACACUUCCCCUUUCUUGGUAUCAGUGACAGUUACAGUCUCAGUGACCUCAGGUGCCGAACAACCUUCUACACAGCCCUCACCCGUCUUCUGAUGGUAGAUCUAGGUGAAGAUGAGGAUGAAUUUGAGAAUUUUAUGCUGCCUCUUACAGUCUCUUUUGAAACAGUGUUACAAAUAUUCAACAACAACUUUAAACAGGAAGAUGUGAAGCGUAUGUUGAUCGGGCUGGCAAGAGAUCUUCGAGGGAUUGCCUUUGCACUAAACACAAAGACCAGCUACACCAUGCUGUUUGACUGGAUAUACCCCACAUAUCUUCCAGUUCUCCAGAGAGCUGUUGAACAGUGGUAUGGAGAACCAGCAUGUACAACACCCAUCUUGAAACUUAUGGCAGAACUGAUGCAGAACAGAUCCCAGCGUUUGAAUUUUGAUGUAUCAUCUCCCAAUGGAAUUCUUCUCUUCAGAGAAGCAAGUAAAAUGAUUUGCACUUAUGGUAACCGGAUCCUGUCCCUGGGGAGCCUCUCAAAAGAUCAGAUUUAUCCAAUGAAGCUCAAGGGCAUCUCCAUCUGCUACGCAGCUCUCAAAUCUGCCUUGUGUGGAAAUUAUGUCAGCUUUGGCGUCUUCAAGCUGUAUGGGGACAACCAUUUUGACAACGUACUUCAGGCCUUUGUCAAGAUGCUGCUGUCGGUGUCCCACAGUGACUUACUGCAAUAUCGGAAGCUGAGCCAGUCUUACUAUCCGCUCCUGGAGUGUCUAACCCAAGACCACAUGGGCUUCAUCACCAACUUGGAGGCUCCCGUGCUCCUGUACGUCCUCACAUCUAUCUCCGAGGGACUCACGACUCUUGAUACAGUUGUCUCCUCCAGCUGCUGUACCAGUUUAGACUACAUCGUCACUUACCUCUUCAAGCACAUUGCCAAAGAAGGCAAGAAGACACUUCGAUGCCGAGAGGCUGUUCAAGCUGGUCAGAGACUAUUACACUUUAUGCAGCAAAACCCAGAUGUUCUUCAGCAGAUGAUGUCGGUCCUCAUGAACACCAUUGUCUUUGAAGACUGUCGGAACCAAUGGUCAGUGUCCCGGCCCCUCCUGGGGCUGGUCCUGCUCAACGAGAAGUACUUCGGAGAACUCAGAGCAAGUCUGAUAAGCAGCCAGCCUCCCCCCAAGCAGGGGGUGCUUGCCCAGUGCUUCAGGAACUUGAUGGACGGCGUGGAGCAGAACCUGUCUGUCAAGAAUAGAGACCGGUUCACCCAGAACCUGUCCGUCUUCAGAAGAGACGUGGCGGAGGCCCUGCGCAGCGAUGGACACACAGAGCCGUGCAGCCUGGACAUGAUGAGCUGACCGGCGCCGGGCCGGGCCCCACGCAGAGACCCGCACGUGUGGGUCCCAGGACCCGGGUGCUGGCUAACAGGGGAAUCUAUUUUUCAAGACAGACAAAAGCCCUACCUUUUGAUAAGUCCGGCCUAAUUAUAAGAAUUUGUAAUAGUGCACAAGCAAUGUCAGUUCCGUCUUUGUCUGGAAGGUGAGAACGUGUUUUCAGUUCUCCCCUCAAGGCCGUGGUCUUGGUUCUCAUAAAAGGUGUGGAAGUGUAUUUAACCAAAGAGCAGCAGAGCCAGGCUUGCGCCUGGCGCGCACUGGCCUGAGGGUCCUCGUCAGCCCUGGGGACCCGCUGGGUCCUGAUGGCCACGGACGCACUGG